AUCGCCCCAAUUCAACAUAAACCACGAGUCGUCAACUGCCGGAACAUACUCGUGCGAGACACGGCCUUUAGGACAUUCAAAGCGCUCUUGCUGUAUCUGUAUACGGACAAGAUCGUCUUUCUCUCCACUCAAGUCUCAGGGACCGUCCAGAACUGACGUGGAGACCCCAAAACCUAGCACUUCGUGGCCUUGCUCACCAAAGUCGAUGUAUCGUUUAGCCUCCAUGGUUCGACUCGACAGUCUUCGUGACCAAGCUUUGCGUGCAAUACAUCGUAGUUUGGAUGCGGGGAAUAUUCUGCAAGAACUUUCUUCUCCAUUUACAUCCAAUGUCAGAAUAUCCCUUCGCUGCUCAGGAGGAUUGCUGACUCGCAAUUGCCCCAUGGAGCAGACAUUGUCAUUGAUCUGUACCAGAAAUCUCUGCUGCGGUACCAUCCUCGGGCGCUUGCACUUGCGAAUAUGCCGAUCGAGAGCACGCCGCCUCCUCAGAGUACUACCGGUGACUUAAAAUCCGGCAAAAGUAAUAGCAAGAAGAAGAAGAAACAGUAGUGUCUAGUAUUAAUUUAUGGAGAAUGUUAACUGCACGACACUC